GUUGUGAAUUCACUCCAAGAACAGAGCAAAGUCAAGUACCAGUUCCAAAGGGUGAUCUCAUAUCAUUCGAUGAAAACCCACUGAUGCAUCAGCCAAUAGAGACAAGAGAGCCAGCAGUUGAUCCUGGAAUAGGAUCUAAUUCAAAACAAAAUAUUAAAGAAGAUUUUUGUAGAUUAUCUAAUAAGUACUAUUUUAUUAAAACAGAUUUGAAAAAAACAACUAUAGAAGCCUAUAAAAAAAUUAAUGAAGAAUCAGAAGCUAUAGCAGAAAAAACAAAUAGACAAGUCGAUAUGCGAAAAUCAGAAAAUGAAAAAGAAAAUGCUUUGUUAAAUUUAGCAUUAAUUAGUGCUUUAGUAUUUGCAGAGAAAUAUGAAAGAGAAGCUAUUCAAUAUAAU